CUUUCCACUGAUGGCGUGAUGUCAUCUCCUACCCCCACGGCAACAAGAUGCGCUUCUGAAACUUGAGUGAGAACACUGCCGGCUGCGAAAGACUCAUGAUGCUAGACUCGCUGACUUACCUUCUGGAGAGAGUUUUUAUGCUCGCGCAUUUUAAUAUUUUUAGUCUGAUCCCUUCAGAAAAAGAAAAGCUCGAAAAGUCUUAUGAAGCCUCUCCCCGGGUGCUGCAGAGAGGAGAUCUCCUGGAGGUCCCUCGCACUUUAUUCACCCAUUUCGGCAUUUAUUUGGGGGACAACAAAGUCGCACAUUUAAUACCGGAUAUUAUGCCCGUGCUGACGAGCGAUAAGCGUCAAAUACAGAAGAUGGUAACGACCAAGAGAUUACUGUUGGGAGUGCUUUGUAAGAAGGCGACUGUUCGGGUCGAUUCGGUCGAGGACUUUGCGUAUGGUUCACCUAUCCUACUUAACACCAUGGACCACAACAUGAAAGAAAGGCCGUUAGCUAACGAAGAAGUUGCCAGCAGAGCAGAGAUGCUUAUAGAUAAAGUUCCAUACAGCUUGAUGUGGAACAACUGCGAGCAUUUUGUUACCUAUUGCAGGUACGGCUCAGCCGUAAGUCUACAAACGGAAAAGUUCCUAGAGUUCCUGAAGUCCAUUAUUCGGGACCAGAGGAGUGUCCUUCUCACAGCUUUCUUGGGACUUGUGUCCAUUGGUUGCGUGGGAAUUGUGCCUGCCACAACUCUCCCAACUUUCCUUAUCCCAUUCACAUUAUGGAUGGCGAGUUAAUGGACUUCUUUAAAAGUCAUAAUGUAAAUGCUUCCAUGAAGGGAAUGUACAUAGGUGACCAAUGAAUAAAGUUAUGUUUGUAUGUUUGACACACUCUACAUAACUAAUGAGCAUGGCUUGAAGUUAUGAAUGGUAGAGUAAAAAUGUGUAUCACAAUUGUUUAGAUUGAACUAAACUUGUAACCUGAUAUGUGUUAUAUCUGUUAUUUUUUUAUGUUUUUCCUCCACUGGUUAUAUUUUGUCUUUUUAAAAAAAUAAAAUACAGUUUAUACAGUU